AUCUCAUCUUUGCGUUGGCCUCUCUCUGGUCGGAGAGUUAAAAUUUGAGAGUAACAAACGCGGAGAGAGUUAUAAAGAAGAGAAGCUCAUCGGUGUUCGGAAACUCAAUUCAAAGAGGAAGAGAGAGACGAGAUUCUUUGUUCUUCGAUUUCUAGUCUGUGAGUUUUUGAAUUGAAAAGCCAAGCAAUAUGGGUUACUGGAAAUCAAAGGUUCUUCCAAAGAUCAAGAAGGUUUUUGAGAAGAACGUGAACAAGAAAGCUGCUACUGAAGCAUGCAAGUCCUUCGAUGAUUCUAAGGAAGAGAUCAACAAGGAGUUUGAAGAAAAGAAGACAGAGCUCCAACCUAAAGUAAUAGAAGUUUAUGAAGCUUCUUCCACAGAAAUCAAGACCUUGGUCAAGGAACGUACGGAUGGAGGAGUAAAGAAGAACGCCACAACAGUUCAAACGUUCCUCGAAGAGUUGGUGAAAAUUGAGUUCCCGGGAUCGAAGCAGGUUUGUGAAGCAUCAUCAAAGUUGGGGCCAGUUCUGGUGUCAGGACCAAUUCUGUUUGUGUUGGAGAAGGUGUCGACCUUGGUAGUCACAGAGGAGGAGAAACCAGCCGAGACAACAAGAGAGAUAACAACAACGGAGACGGCGACAGAAACAGAAGCAGAGACAGAAACUAUAAUAACAACGGAGGAGACAAGUGUGAAGGACAAGGAGAUAGCCAUAGAAGAAGAAGAAGAAGAAAAUAAUAAGGAAGUGAAAGUUGCAGAAGCUCCUGCUGCAGCUCCGGCAGAGGAGAUCAAGAGUACUACUGUGAAAACAGAAACGACCGAACCUACUGCUCCGGCUUCAUCUGAACCACCAAAACCAAAGGUUGAAGAAGCCGAACCACCAAAGGCUUGAAGGCAUGCAUGGAUCGAUAUAUAAAGCUGCCCAUGA